AAUAUUUGGCAGAGACUUCUGCAUAAGUUGAGAGGACUUUUCUGCCAGUAUCGCUUCAGAGAAAAGAGAGUUUAAGGGGAAAAACCCCAUUGACUUUCUUCAUGGCUACUGAAAAGGGUCUUGAAAGAACUUGUCUUGUGAGCGAGAGGGACACCAAGAAGUACUCCUUGGCCCUAGACAGGAUGAGCUGGCUUCAGAAGAAUUCAAAUGAAGAGAGGCAGCAGCAGGAAGCAGAAGUUACAGGAGCUAAUCCAGCGUAUCACUGUCACAGCUACUCACAGGUUUAUGAGAACAGAAAGAGGGAGCAGCAUCAAGCCAGGAGGAAGCUCUGCAUAGCAUCAGUAAUUUGCACCUUCUUCAUGAUUGCUGAGAUAACAGGGGAGUAUGUGUGUGGGCAGAUCGCCGGGAGCCUGGCAGUGCUCAGCGAUGCAGCACACAUCCUGGUGGACCUGACAAGCUUCCUGAUCAGCCUCUUCUCACUGUGGCUCGCCUCCAAACCUCCCACCAAACAGUUCACUUUUGGGUGGCACCGAGCAGAAAUUCUGGGAGCUUUCAUGUCAAUGAUAAUAGUUUGGAUGGUGACUGGUGUGUUGAUAUAUUUGGCUUGCAUGAGGCUGCUACACCCAGAUUACGAUAUUGAUGCUACAGUGAUGCUCAUUACUUCUGCUUGUGCUGUGCUCACCAACAUCCUACUAAGCCUGAUUCUGCACCAGACUGGCCACGGGCACAGCCAUGGGGCACAAGCCAGGGAAAGCGAGUCAGCCCCUCUGGAAAAGCCAGCUCUGAGCAAUGCCAGCCUGCGGGCAGCCUUUGUGCAUACCAUUGGAGAUCUAUUCCAGAGCAUUAGUGUGCUAAUUAGCGCACUUAUCAUCUUCUUUAAGCCACAGUACAAAAUAGCUGACCCAAUCUGCACAUUUGUGUUUUCCACCUUUGUCUUGGCAACUACCAUCACGAUUUUAAGAGAUAUUUUAACUGUGUUAAUGGAAGGAACAUCAAAAGGAUUUGCUUAUGAUGCUGUAAAAGCAAGAAUUUUAGCAGUUGAAAAAGUGGAGUCUGUUCACAACCUUCAUCUUUGGUCUCUGACAAUGAAUCAAACUGCUCUCUCUGCUCACAUUGCCACAGCAGACACAAUGGACAGCCAGAAGAUUUUGAGAGAUGUUACCCAAGCACUGUUUGAGCACUACAGCUUCCACUCCAUCACCAUUCAGAUUGAAUCAGGAGAGGCUCAGAAACGAGACUGUGUCUUCUGCCAAGAGCCCAGGGAUUAAAGGGAGCAGUGUGCCAUGCCAAAUAAUCACCACCCCUCUUACAGGUCAAUGGAGACUGUAUGUACUGGUUGGAUGUAGUUGAUUAACAACAAAUGUCUGAUCCUCAGGGAUAUGCUCUUGGUACAAGGUUGUUUUCAGAAUACUGUCUGACUGACUGGGGAGAAUUUCUGCAGAAGUGCUACUGAGAUAUGCAGAGGUCAGAGACAAUUUCUAGACUUGUCUGCUUUUCUAAACUUUACAUCUUGUUGAUUGUCAGAAGAAUAACUACAAGAAAACUGACCAAAAAUGCUAUAUAAAAAUUAUUUUUGGAACCACUGUGAAAUGGAAAAGUAUUUCUUGUGUAAGUAGUCUAUCUGCCAUGCCUGACUGUUUUCUGAUGAAGUUCAUAUGCACAAGUACAGACUUUACAGAGUAGUCCCUACUGAAAUUCUA